AGCCCCGUUGGAGCCGUAGCGUAGCCUGGGAAACCAUCGAAAUGUCAACGGGCAUCACAAUGACACUUAUUAGCAUGCUCUCCUCAAAUUUUGGUUCUGUUCACAGUCCUGCAGGAGCAACAGGAUGGUCUCCUUCUCAUUAUUCUCGGCUGUUCGCGAUAUAUAAUUCUUUGGUUUACAAGACCAAACAUAUCAAGCUCCUCGGUUUGGGUUGCGACCACUACUGAUCGAGAUUACAUGCGGAUGCAAGGCCUGGAGAAACUCGUCGGUGAUGUUUCACACCGCAAGGAACUUGUCGCAGGCAACCUCAGCGAAUAUAUCACUGCACAAUUUUACAAAUCCGCCCAACGCGUCGGCGACGAUGCGGGUGACUUCGAGGAAAUUCGCCAUGUCCAUUCUGUGAAGAAAAAUCUGAGCGUCGUUUCUAUCCUCCGCGAACUAAUGCACGAACUGCCUCAGAUAAUCUUCGUCCUGUACGUCGUCCAAAAGUCAACGACGAUCCUACUCUCCUUGGCAUCAUUCAUAUUAAUCGAAUACGCCUUUCGUUCGUUCAUGCCCACCAAAUUGUUUUCGAUUAAAACUCUUGCGAAGCAGUUUACCAUGGUACGCAAGCUAUAUGAGAUCGAGAACGUGGAGAACAAGGUGGUGGAUGGCGUAGAAUCAUUCCCUGAGAACCAGCAGACUCUCAGGAGUGGUGUUUCUGUUGAGUUCAGGUUGAUUGGUAUUAGCCGCUUUAUCCAGGCAUUUCUGAACCAUGUAUGUCAGGAAUGUAUCGUUCCAGUACCCUGGUGCAGAGUGGUGUGCUCUCCGAAAUGUAUCAUUCAAGAUUGGUGCGGGUCAACUUUGCGUCAUUGUUGGAACAAACGGCUCUGGAAAGAGCACGAUCUUGAAACUUAUAUCCCGCAUCUACGACCUAACAGAAGGCACCAUCCUCAUCGACAAUCGAGACAUCAAAAAACUCAGAUUAGCUGACCUCCGUGCCGCCAUGUCCAUCCUCUUCCAAGACUAUACACACUUUUCCCUCUCCAUACAUGAAAACAUCGGACUUGGCAACCCCGCUCUGGCACAUGACGACGAUAAGAUCCGCGAAGCCGCACAUCUCGGCGGCGCAGAAGAUUUCAUUGACGAGCUUCCUGACGGAUUCAACACAUAUGUCAGGCGCCC